CGCUUAUCAUCAACCUCCGCCCUUCCCCAGGUAUAUAUAUCUUUCGAAGCAUCACUGGCUUUUGAAGAAACAUUGUAUGUCAUCUUGAUUGCCAGAAACAGAAAACUGCAGCAUCUACCAGAUUCACGAUGUCCAAAGCAACCCGGAUUCCAAUCCGUACCCAAAAGGCCCCUCUCCCACCGCCAUUCCUCUCCCAGGGCAUCGUCGUCGGCGACAUGGUCUUCUGCUCCGGGCAGGUGGGCGUGAACCCAGCUACAGGCAAAAUGGUUGAGGGCUCAAUCCAAGAAAGAACGAAACAAAUCCUCAACAACCUAGGUGCCGUCCUUGAAGCAGGCGGUUCUAGUCUCCAGGAUGCCGUGAAAAUGAACAUAUUCCUUGCUGAUAUGAAUGACUUUGCCGCUGUCAAUGAAGUUUAUGCUGCUUUUUUCGAGGAUCCGUUACCGGCUCGUACAUGCGUUGCGGUCAAGACAUUGCCAAUGGGGACUGAUGUGGAGAUUGAGUGUGUUGGGGUGGUGAGAGGUGUGCCGAGUCGAGGUUCUCGUCUGUGAGAAGCAAGCAAUGCAGGUUCCUUAAUACCACUGUGAUGCUAUGCAAGUACAUAACUGGACAAAUGCAGAUAGACACUGCUUAUGUGCAUAUACUUUGCGUCUCGGCUGGGUGCAACGGAUAGACCGGCGAGCCUGGUGUGAAUAGUCUAUCCGUCGACCGGCCCGGUUUCUAACGUGUAGGAAUCGGAAUGCCAAUGGUGACUUUAUGCAUGGAUUCAAGUGGCAGCUGGGCUUAGUUAUGUCUAAUGCCACGCCGGCUGUCGGAUGCAGCUCAAAUAGCUAAUGCUAGAAGAUCAUUAGUGCUACAAAGUACUCCAUCCUCCGUGCUCUAUGCAGGAUCCUCUAUUGUGUCUAAGCGAACCAUUGUGUCUCAGAUCGGCUGGGUCGGUAAAAGCACAGAUUCAGUCUCCAAUGGGUCAUGGCAAGGAAGAACCGAUCCGCUAUUAUUAGCAUAGUUCUCCAUCUCAGAGAGGCCUUUCGUAGGAGCUUGUAGGAAGCUGAACCGUCAGGAUUUGCAGUUGGAGCAACUCAGGGAUAGUUCAUUGCAAUUCCUGAACCGAUCGACGUUUUUUCAGGCUCUGAUCCGAACAUCC